AUGCGCACGUUCGCGGCGAGCGUGCCCGAGGACGCGCUCGUGCUACGAGAGGGCGAGUGGUGCGACGUCGAAGCUAGCAGCGUCGUCCGGGGCGACGUCGUGCUGCUCCAGGAGGGCGAGACGGCGCCGGCGGACUUCUCCGUGCUCAGCAGCACCGACGACUUCGAGAUCUCGCUCAAGGCCGUCAACGGCAGCCGCAUGACGCACCGGCCGGGCCCCGAGGCGCAGGUCGCGCUCGGCGCGGUGUGCCUGCGCGGCAACUGCCGCGGCGUCGUGACGGCCAUCGCCGACGAGACGCUGCUGGCGCAGCGGCUCCGCGACGGCAAGUGGCCGCCGAGGUCCUAG